AUGCCCCCAGCAUACAAACGCCUCGACCGGGACAACUGUGCUUUCCUGUUUGUCGACCAUCAGAGCGGACUUAUUCAGUUGGUGGGCGACUUCGAGCCUACAGAAUUUCGGACCAAUGUACUGGGUUUGGUGAAUACCGCCGCUUAUUUCAACGCACCAUCCGUCUUGACCACCUCGUUCGACACUGGUCCCAAUGGGCCCAUUGUCCAGGAGAUUGUGGAUGCCCUGCCUAAUGCUCCCUUGAUCCGGAGACCGGGCCAGGUCAAUGCCAUGGACAAUGAAGACUUUGUCAAGGCGGUAAAGGCAACUGGAAAGAAACAGGUGAUCGUCAGUGGUGUUCUCACCGAAGUCUGCGUCGCAUUCCCGGCGCUGAGUCUGAUCGAGCAGGGCUACGAUGUUUUCGUCGUGACGGAUGCUUCCGGCACCUUCAAGGAACAUACCCGCGAGGCGGCUCAUAAGCGGAUGGCGCAUGCGGGCGUGCAACUCAUGAACUGGGCGGCGGUGGCUGCUGAGUUGCAGCGAGACUGGCGUCGGGACAUCGAAGGCUUUGGCAAACUUUGGACCGAUCAUGUGCCUGGAUAUUGGUGUUUGAUGCAGAGCUACUCGAAUAACCCGGCAAACCGCAAGUAG